AUGCAGUGUAAAGUCCUCGUCUGUGUUGUGCUCCUGGCUCUCAUAAAGCACGGGUCUUCAAGUGAAAUCCAAGCCAGCCCAAAUACAAACACAUCCCUUCCCUGCAACGUCUCCAUUCCAGGAGACAAAAUACAAGUGUCUCUGAUAAACAUCAACUGGACAAGAGAUGGCUCUGAAGUUGCUUCGUUCGGAGAAGCAACCGCACAAAUAAAGGACGGCUUCAGCUGGGGUGCAGCUGAUUUCAUCAAUGGGGACUUUUCUCUCACCAUCCUCAAAGCCAGUCUCAGUCUGCAGGGGAUGUACGAAUGCAAAGUUAGCUACAACUUCUCAAGCCUGCACUCCAGUAACGUCACAUUUACCAUUCUUGCCACCCCUUCUCUCACAGUGCCUCAGCAGUGGGUGGUGUUAGAAAAAGAGACCACGCUGGAGUGCCAUGCUAGUGGCUUCUACCCUCCUCCUGUCUCUUUUUCCUGGACCAGAGGGGGUCAAGUUAUCCAGCCUCCCCAUCAGGUGGAAGGUAAGCUGACUCCAGAUGGGUAUUACACGGCUGUGAGCAACCUCACCUUUUAUGCUUCUAGAGAGGACAAGAAUGUCACGUUUAGUUGCAAAGUGUCACAUGAAGGCACCCAUCAAGAGCUGGAUUUUCAUCUAAAUAUCACUCAUCUUCCUUAUGUCAGACUUUCUGUUGUACCAUCACCCUCCAAAUACACUCCUCUCACUUUUUACUGUGAUGUGGAGAGCUUCUACCCAGAGGAAAUGUCUGUGUCCUGGUUUCAAAAUGGCACGGCCCUCCCUGACCCCCCUUUGACUCAUCAGAUCCCAGAACAGACGUUCAGGACCAGGCGUUAUUUUACUUUAGGCCCAGAGCAACGGCAGAAGCAGGGGAAGGUUGAGUGUGCUGUAAACCAACCUGGAGUUAUGAGUCCUGUCAGCGCGUCAGCAGACCUGGACAAAUUAGAUCCUCAAGAUGAGGCUCCAGUGUUAACCAAGUCAGCCAAAGCGUCAGUGGCCAUGAUGUGUAUAUCCAUAGUGCUGGUUUUCCUGCUUUGCUUUGGCUUUUCCUGGAGGAGAAGAGACGAGAAACAGAAGUCCCUCAAUGUAUCAGGGAUCAUCCUCCCACCACGCUUGGUUGUCGGUGAAAAGGGGAGAGUGACGUUGAGCAUCGAAGGCAGGCAGGUGGACCGCGUCCAGACCGCAUGGUUUCUAAAUAACACUCCCAUCUUUGACACCUCACACACAGGUUGCUCAACAGGAAGUGUGUUCAUCACUCUGUCAUGUCUUUCAGAGCCCAAUGAGGAAACUUCAUCUUCUGCAUAA